GCGCCUCUCGAUGAAGUCAUAAGCACAGGACGCUUUGUUGUUGGUGGAAGUAGUUUGGCCAAUUUCCGGUGGGAUCCAUAACGGUCUCGGGUACCAGCGCGAAUCAGAGCAGGGAGAUCCUAUUUUUAUCUGUCGCAACAGAGUGGGGGGAUGGCGUUGUGGCCGCCGCGCUCCCAUAGUUUAUGCCCGAGUCGAGAAGAGGAGCUGCAGCCGCCUGACUCGCAGAUAUAUAAUGAUGGGAUUGAAAUGGCCUGCCAGCAACAAAAAGCAUUUGUGAAGAGUUCUGUGGAAUGCAAAUGGAAUUUAGCAGAAGCCCAGCAGAAACUUGGCAAUCUAGCCUUGCACAAUUCAGAGUCCCUCGAUCAAGAACACGCCAAAGCACAGGCAGCAGCUGCAGAGUUGAGGUAUAGUGAAGAAGAGUGGCGCCGGAAAGAAGAAGUGUUAAGGCAACGGGAAAGGCAGGAUCUGUGGAGCACAGAUUUCAUUAGCAAGGAAGUAUUUAAUAAGAGUUUCAUUAAUCAACAAGAAAGGAAAGAAAUGGAAGAAGGUGCAUCUGAAUCUUUCAUUCAAAAGCAUGAGCAGAAGAUUAGGCAUUUUGGCAUGUUAAGCAGAUGGUUUGAUAGUCAACGAUAUCUCUCUGAACAUCCCUACCUUGUCUGUGAAGAAACUGCUAAAUAUCUCCUUUUAUGGUGUUUCCAUCUACAAGCCGAGCAGAAAGGAGCUCUGAUGGAGCAAGUCGCCCACCAAGCAGUUGUGAUGCAGUUCAUUAUUGAAAUGGCCAAAAGCUGUAAUGUGGAUCCACGAGGCUGUUUCCGCCUGUUUUUCCAAAGAGCUACAAUGGGAGAAGAAGGCUAUUUGGAAGCUUUUAAAAAUGAACUUGAAGCAUUCAAAUCAAGAGUGAGAAUUUGUUCACAGUCCCAAAAUUUUCAAGCAAUGUCUGUUCAGAAUCCUUCAGUUCAUACCAGCCUGAAUUCUAUAGGAGGGUUUGCAUCUUUUCUGCAGAAUGCAGAGUCUCUUCAAGGCUGCAGUGGAAACUUGGUGGUACACAGGGAUGAGGAAGAACCCAAAAUGAUGGAUACUGUAUAGUACUUCUGAGCCCAGCUGCUCUUAUUGCAAAAAGAACAUGCUGACUUUAUUGAGACUUAUUUUUAAGGGUGCUGCACUUUAGUUUGGCUGUUUUUUGGAGAGAGGGUAAUCCAGAAACACACUUGUCCUGCGUUGGAAAAUGUGCUGCUAGGAUUUUUGUUUUGUUUUGUGUUUUAAGAGAGGGAUUCUCAUCUGUUGCUGAAUGUGAAACUGAUGAUUUCUUCUGCUACUACUAAAUUCUGCCUUUUUAAAUUUUAGGAAUCAAAGUAUGGGGGGAAAUCUGCACAGUUGCAGUGUUUACAAGUGGUUGAUCCUAGGAGGAAUCUGCUUUAACCGUAUUAGACAUACCCAUGUCUCACUCUGGAUGUUGAGAUCAUUGUUAUACAUUCUGUUGCUUGCAUUGUGAGCGCUCAGAUCUGAUUUUUAUCAUGAAUAGCAAUAAAUCAGUGGUUGCUAGCAACAUUGCUGAUCUGGAUGGCCAAGGGGGGAAAAGCACUGGCCUUUGAACUCUGUUGCAAGGAUGACAUUUUAAUUUUCGGCUUUGGGCCAAAGGCUUUGUUUUGACAUUAACCUGACUUGAUGGACAUGUGGCAACCAUUGCCCAGACCUGAAUGUGAAAACAUUGUUUUCUAGAGGUGUUGUUGCAGGAAAGCUAACUUUUCUAGAACAAGGGAAUGAUUUAACACGCAUCUGCCAGUGGGCAUUUAGAAGGGAAAAGAAAUCAGCAUUAGCUGGUUACUUUUGUGCCCAGAGAGUGAUUAUGAUCAUUUUUUGAAGUUAAGAUGAGUAUUUAAGGGAACUUAAGUGCCAAAUCGAAACAGAACUGUGUUUGUUUUAAAAAGCAAACUGUAAUGUGUAUGAAGCUUAAGGCUUGCCUCAGCAAGGCAAGUCUUCAGUUGAAAACAUCUCCAGUACCCAAAGAACUGGUCUUUCAGCUCCUGGUCAUAGAGUAUUUUCUGUAUACAUCAAACUCUUGUCAUCUUUACAUGAAAAUUAUUCUCAUUAUUUCAACAGAAAGUCACUACCAUCUUCCACCCUUCUGCUCCUUGGGCAAUCAUCCAUCUGUCAUGUUGCAGCUUUUGCUGCCUCUGCUUAAUCACCCUUGAUGUAGAGACAGGCUGAAGACAUGAAUGGGCUUUUGCUAAGUAACAGUGCAGUUUCAUCUCUUGCAAGUGCAGGGGUGAAAGCAAUCCCAGAAUUAGGAAGAUAUGCUACAUUUUAAUCUGAAACUUAUUUUGCUCAGUUCCCUUGUUCCUUACUUCAGCUGGUAGGAAUGACUACCCAUAGGGAAACCUACGAUUGGAUUCCAGUGGAGUUAUAAGUGCAUGGAGUAGAACUGUGUGUACAAAUGAGCCUUUAUAUGUAGUCUUCCUGGUGCCAGGAAGUCAGGCUUUUAAAAAAAUGGAAGAGUGGCAUGCAUAUUUAGCAGUAGGAGCAGCUAUAGAAGAAGGUAUAACUAAGAAUCAGGGUAUGGACAUUAUUUUCUCAGUCAUUACAUAAUUGUUUUAUAUUCUGGUCUAUGCAGAAAACAGUAUUCCAGCUAAACAAAUAGAACCUAGUUGAGGAGGGGCACAUUCCAGUAGACAUUACCUACUGUUUAUAAGUAACAGGCACUAUUGCUUGAUAAACUGUCCUUUCUUCUGUACCCUGAAUGUAAAUGAGGUUCCAGGUAUGAAGCAAAAGCCAACCCUAGCAUGUGUCCUUGGAGUUUCAGUCCAGUCCACAUUCUUUAGCUCUAACGGUUUUUUUACAGAAGAGUUCCAAAAGGAGGAGAUAAUCCAUUCACAUAGAUGGAAAUGUUUUUACUUCAAGGGAUCAGACACUGAAGGACAAGAGAGCGGCCUAAUGACACCACUUCAGCAUAUAGUUUCUAAUCAUUAGAACCCUCUUGGUUUCCACCUUCAUAUAUUAAAUGCUAUAGAUCUAGGGCAGUAUGUUCUUGUGUAGAAUUGGAACUGAAACAGUUUCCCUUUAUGUUCAAUAUGUAAGAUUGAGUGGCUUUGCCUUUAACUUCUCAGGCAAGGAAACAAGGGGUUUUUUACUGCUUAUUGUCACUAAACUGUAGGAAAAACUUUCAGGUUUUUGUAACUGUAUUACAAAAAAAAGUUAAAAUACUGGGAGAUGGAAUGACACCUUGACUAGGUUCUGCAACUCUUUGCUUACUUGGGGCUUAUAUGAGAUCCUGUUUUGAAAUUAAUGCAUUUUUUUUCCAUUCCUGUAUGCAUGUUACAGAGAUAUGUACCACUGAAAUCAUUGCCACAUAAGCAUGAAUAGGUUGGACUACAUUUGUCCCUAAAUGGAAUUUCAAAGAAAAGGUGCAUGAAAACAUUAACUUUAUGGGUUUUAGGAGAAUAUCAGAUGAGAUUCAUUGGCAAUAGUUUUAAAACAAAGCAACUUCCCUUUUUUAAAAAAAUAGACUGAUUUUUAGACUUGAUUUUUUUAAAAUGAGGACAAUUAACAGAUCUUCUGUGAUGAUUAAUCAACUUCCUUGUCAGGCUGUCUGGAAACGUUUAACUACUAAAUGGAUGACAAGUCAAUGACCUCUAUUACAUGUUCUGUGAUGAUUUACUGACAUUUCUGGGAUUGUUUCUUCAACAAAGAUAUGGUGUUAUGCUGACUAUUGCCCAGGCCAUAAAAACUGUUUAAUGUUCUGCAGUGGACUCCUGUGGAUGGAUUGAUAUCACUCAUGUGUCUGUGAAUAUAAAACUUACAUAUGAGACCUUUUCUCAUAUGCAAGUGGAACACAGUUUUUUUUUUUCUUUUUCUUUUUUUUUGCAGCCAACCCAUGGCAAACCCUAUAGGGUUUUCAAGACAAGAGAUAUUUAGAUAUGGGGAACUUAAUGAUAUGAACAAGUAGCAUGAAACCCCCUAUAUGUUCUCCUUUACAUACAUUAUUCCAGUAUCUCAUUUCCUAAACUUUUAUUUCAUCACACAUGGUCAAAAUUAGCCUGAUGCUUUCUGGAGUUGCUAGUAGCAUUGUAACUCAAAUGUUUCGGGACUCCCAGGAGAAAUUGAUUGGUUUAUAUGCUGGUUCUGAACUUGGCCAUUAAAUUCACUGAAAUCAUUGAGCUUCCAUGUAAAUGUGCUUAGGAUUGUUAGGCAUAUUUCACACCUUAUGCAGAGGGAAACUUCAGUUUGCUAUUGAGUGUACAUUCUGCUGCAGCCACUGGUCUGAAACAUGGGCCUUGCAAACAUGUUUGUUCUGUUCAAGCUUUCUGUUUUAAGUAUACUUGUAAAAUAUGUAACGUAUAAUGUAAUUUGUGAUAUGGCCUUUAGCCACCUAAAUUAAUACUAUAAUGGUGUUCUCCCACCAGAAUUGAGAGAGCUCUAUUUUCACAAUAUUAUUACUGCAGGGAUUGUAGAUCUUUUGGGACAGAAAACUGCCAAAAUUCCUCAGACCCACACUACCAGCCUUCUGGAGGGUGGGAAUCAAAACUUCUGUAAUAAAUUUUCUUUAGGUAGUGGGAAGAGCAAAUGGCUUAUCAGUUGAUAGCACCAUUUUUUUUGUUUUUAAUCACUCCAUUUUGUCUUUUUUAAAAGCUGGAAUAUACUGGAAUAUACAAUAUUUGUCUGCUAUUGCUGUAUUUAGGCUGUUACCUUAUUUACCAGACUACUUUUUAGAAGUUGUUCAAGGGUUUGACUGCAUUCUACUGUAUCAAACAUGUUUUGUUAGUGAUCAUUUCUUUGAAUUGGUUUUCUAGAGUGGUAACUUAGCCUAUGAGAACCUUAGUGAGACACCCUUGUUUUGUAACUUCAUUUAAAAUACAAAUACUUAUAAAGCCUUAAUGUGACUUAAGCUUCACAGCCUGGAAAAGAGACCUGUAAAAACUGUCCCUUCUGACUUUUGGAUCUGUCACCAUCUGUUAAUAAAAUGAACUUUUAUUGUAACAAA